GUCUCUUGGUUUUGCCUCAAAAAGAUUUGAUUUCCCUCCUUAGGGUUUCCGGCGUAACGUUUUCCUCCGGGGUCCACGGAAGGUGUUGACAGACGUUUCCCGACCCGAUUCUCGCCGGAGUUUUUGCCGGAAAUCAGAACGGGGCAUGAUGCUCUGAUUCCCUUCCAGAUUUCCAUUUCUCACGUCCAGACAAGGAGGAGGCCUGAACGCCCGUUCCGCGGCAGUUUCCCGUCGGUUUUGGCGGGAACGCCGCGAAGAGACGGAGAACUCCGCCGUUCUCUCCGCUGUCAGAUCAGGCAAACUUUUGAAUGUGGAUCGGAUACAUCAUGGAUGGGAAAAAACUACGUAAAGAAAAUACAGCAGGCUUGUUCGUGGUUCUUUCAUAUGGGAACUGCGACUUAAUACAGCGACGGACACCUGAUGAUUAAGAGAUAGGAGCAGAAACGUCCGUUCCAGGUCAUGGAUCUUCAAUCUCCUUUGGGCUUCUCGAAUAAAUGUUGUACUAAUAGUUGUAGCCUGACGGGUAGCAGCAAAUGGCAUCGUUCUGUGAAGAGGAAGGUUGAACAGAUUGAGGAACUGCUGGGCCAUAGAGGAGAUUUGGUGGAUGACCUGGACUAUUUUUCAGUUGCUCGAAUUGAGAUAGAAAAUGAAUGCAUGGCUUUGAGAGAGACAGUAAAUAGUCAGCAGAAACAAAUUCAGGAUCUUUGCAGUGAGCUAGAUGAAGAAAGGAAUGCAUCAGCUUCUGCUGCAAAUGAGGCCAUGUCAAUGAUUUUACGGUUGCAGAGAGAAAAGGCUGAGGUUCAGAUGGAAGCUCGGCAGUUUAAGCGGUUUACGGAGGAGAAAAUGGCUCAUGAUCAGCAGGAGCUGCUGUCAAUGGAGGACACUUUGUAUAAGAAAGACCAGCUCAUACAAUCACUCAAUUGUGAGAUACAGGCUUACAAGCAUAGGCUAAUGAGUCUCGGCUUUGACCAGUUUGACUUUGAAGAUGCUAAGUUGAAUGAAGGUUCUUCCACGAGUCGAUAUAAUCGAAAUAGGAGUAUUGGGGAGAAGUGGGAAAAUGCAGAUUGGCAGGAAACAGAAGAAUCAAAUAGAUCUGUGUAUUCAGAGGGUACUCCUUUAGGUCGGGGGCAGAAACCUAAUCUUUUUGAGUACCCACCAUUAAGAUGCAGCUUGAAUGGGAUUCAAGAAUUUUCUGAAUAUGAUGAUUCAUUAGACCUUGAGAAGUAUGCUUCAGGUGAAACUCCUCGUAACCGGGAGCAACUUCAGAAUUUGGAGGACAGGAUUUAUCGUCUAGAGCAUUUGGAUGGUAAAUUCAACUAUGGAGAGAAUCUCCGUGACAAAGGGGUAGCCACUCCUUCUCCUAGAAGAUCAAGACAUGCUAGAAAUUUAUCUACAGAUAGUGCCAGCACUUAUUCUGUUUUGGUGAAGGAAGCACACCAAGAAUGUAUUGUGGAAAACGUGUUGAUGUCAGGUCCAAGAGAAAGCUCGAAAAGGCUGGAGGACUUUUGUGCCAAUGAGGAUUACUUCUAUUCAAGGAAUUGGAGCAAUGCUUCUGAACUUGCUGAUGAUCCUAGUGACAGAAUAUAUACAAUUGACUCGGUUCAUGGUGCACGUGGCUCUAAGCAAACAUCAGAUGAAAAAGGUGGCUGGAUGGGGGAACCAGUUCCAUACAGAAACAGGGUUGAGAAUGCUAGUUAUUGCAUGGCUGAUGGAAAUUUUCGGACUCUGCGACCUGAUGAUGGUGCUCUUGAUUGCAAACCUCAGAUCGGAAAGCUUGAUGAGUAUGUUGCUUCACCUAGAGGUUCUUUGAAGAGGACCGAUAUGGUGGAUGGGGAUGUUAAGAAGCUGUAUUUGAGGCUUCAAGCACUUGAGGCAGACAGGGAAUCAAUGCGGCAGUCAAUAAUGUCAAUGCAAACAGAUAAGGCUCAAUUGAUAUUGCUAAGAGAGAUAGCUCAACAGCUGUGUAAAGAGCUCACACCAGAAAAAAAGAUGGUCAAAAAGCCAUCCUUGAUUGAAAGGAUUUCAUUUAUGUCAGUGUUGAAGUGGAUUGUGUCUUUUAUCUUCUGCAGAAAGAGACCACAAAGAAUAAAAUACCCAUUUGGUCCAACCGGGAACAAUGUGGGCCUUAUAUUGCUUUUGGAUAGAUCUUCACAAUUCAGACGUUGGAGAGGCAUCACCAGAGCAAAAGCAUGAAACAGGAGAUUUGAAAUAACGAUGGUGCAUUUGGUUGGAGAACUUUUAUAGAUCCAAAGCAUAUACAGUUGGUUGAGGAUUGAUGUGUAAUCUGCAAUGGGGCUUUAUUGCUUUAGCACCAUGGAGUUAAUGCCUUGUGGUGCUCAUCUAUAACAAGGUUGCACAAAUUUGAUAUUGUUCGUAAAUUUGUCUUCGGGUGCAGUACCAAGAAACCUGUCCAAGUUGUGAACUCUCACAAUCAUUAAGCUUUCCUUGAGCUUUUUCAACUGAUUCUGUGAGGCAGACGUUAUGGGUGAACAGUUUCUGUAAAAUGAAUGUGUAGAUCACUUUUGUACAGCUUCACCUGAAAUUGUAUUCAUUGAGUUUUAGUUGUAAUUUCUGUGUAUCUUAAAAGUGCAGCUGGAUUUCCAGUUUCUACUCAUGAUAUGCUCCGUAAACCAAGAAUAUAGUGUUUCUUUUGUAUGUUUUA